AUGAUUGAAAAAGCUCGAAAAAAGUUGGGUCAACGAGAGAAGAAGAUUGAGGAAGCGAUUCGAGAAGUGGAAGCCGUGCACAAGAAUGCGGCUGAACUAAUUGGCGAGUUGAAUGGUUUGCGUGAUUCUGAAGCACUUUCUGCGGUUGUAACGGUUUCCGAUCCGACAGCUCAAGCCGAAAAAUUGAAAACGCUCAAAGAUAACCUCAAAGCAGUUGGAGCUCGGGUAGAUGAUUUUGUUGCCGAAUGCAAGCUGCUAAUACGAACUGGUGGGCCAGAAGCCGACACUGCUGAACUGGAUAACAUGAUGAAAGAUGUGUGUGAUAUGUGGUCAGUAGUUUCUACGACUGUUGCCGAAAAGGAACGUGAAGCGGACUCCGCUGUUCAACAACUGGGAAGAUACGAAGAUGCCUACAAGUCAUUGCUGAAUUGGAUUGAAGAGACGGAGGAGCUCAUGGAAAACCAGCGUCCUCCGGCCGCUGAUGCCAGGGUGGCGAGAGCUCAGCUUCAUGCUUACGACGUACUCAUGAAACAUAUCGAUGACAAAGACUUCAGCGUCAAAGGUUUCUCAGCCCUAAUUGCGAAGCUCAUCGCCAUGACCACUGUGGAGGAGGAAGUGAAGUCUUUGAAGGAACGAGAUGAGGAAAUCAACAAAAGGUAUAAUGAGCUCGUUGCUGCAGCUCAUGAUCGUCAGAGACGUCUCAUCGAAGCCGUCGAUUUGGCAGAACGAUUAUCGGAGGGCGUUAUUCCUGUUGAAUCGUGGCUUGCUAAAGCUGAAAAACGGCUAAAUGCUUUGGGAAAGAUUCCCACGAAUGUGGAAAAAAUGGAAGAGCAGCUGAAAGAGCAAAAAGACCUUGACGAUGAAGUUUACCAGAAAGCUGAGGAUGUGGAUCAUGCUCUUGCUAUCGUUCCAAUGCUAAGCGCCCUGGUGAGCGUAGAGGAUGCGAAUAGCCUGGAAUCUCAAGCAAAUCAGAUCACUAGUCGCUACGAGUCCAUCGCCCAUCGCGUUCGAAUCACCAGGGAUCUGCUUCAAGAAAUGGCUCUUACCGUGAACGAUUUGUUUGCCGAUCUCGAUAGCUUGGAAGUAUGGCUGGGUGAUAUGGAGCAGAAAAUGGACGAGAUCAGUGAAAUUGCAAUCGCACCCGAUGAUCUCACGGAGCAGAGCAACAUCGUUGGAGAUCUUGUCACUGCGAUAACAGAAAGGGAUGCGGAGAUAUCAGCUGUAAUGGAAGUUGGCCGCCAGCUCUGCAGGCAAUCUACCGGUGACGAAGCGGUUCCGUUACAAUAUCGUAUGGAUCAGUUGAAAAAAAGAUACGGAGACAUUAUGCUUGUUGCGGACGAGAAGUUGCAGCUGCUUGCAAAAGCGAUCCCACUCUCAGAACGGUUCCAUGAAGGAUUCGAAGCUGUCAUGGAGUGGGUUGAAGCCGUUGAAGAAGAUCUUAUUCAGAUUGAUACUGCAGACCUUGACACUCAGACCCAGCUAGUGUUCUCCAUGGAAGAAGGAGUGAGCCACUGGCGUCCAGAAGUUGACGACCUCGUCGCCGUUUCAUCCCAACUUCAAGCGCUGAGCAGCCCAGAUCAGGCUGAGGAACUGUUCCAGAGCACUGCAGAGAUGAAUCGACGUGUCAAUCAGAUUGCUGACAAGGUGGCUCGUCGUGCUGAACGCCUGGAUGUUGCUGACCGUCAGAGCCGCGCGGUGUUCGACGAGCUCAGCUUCCUCCUCGAAUGGCUCGGAUAUGCUCGCGACAGGGUCGUCGCUGCAGGCCCUCCGUCAAUUGAUCCCGACUUCGCUCGCACUCAACUUCGCAACCAACUCGUCAUGAACGACGACGUCGCCGCCAAUAAGGGGCGUCUUCGAGAGAUUACCGUUGAAGCAAAAAAAGUUUGUCGUGAGCUCGGUGGAGAAGGUGGCGAGUCUAGCACAGCUCUUGCCGAACAAUGCGAUCAUGCAAAAGAGCUGGUUGACGAGGUUACUGCGCUCUGUAUGGACCGCACCGAAAUUUUGGAGCGCGCCCUUGCCUUAUCCCAGCAUCUGACUGUCGAAUUUGAUCGGCUUGCUAACUGGCUGGAUCAGGUCGAUGAUGAGCUUCGUACGGCUCCCGAUCUCACCACAGCGACUCCUCCUCAUCAGCUACGGAAACAACGAGAGCACAACGCAGAGCUUUCUGCUGCGAUUUUGACGUAUGUUCCAAUAGUGGAACAAUUUAAAAGCGACGUCAAGGCACUGCAGGAGAUCUGUGUCCCCGAAGACGGCGUGAAACUUGGCGAGCUCGCUGAUGAGAUUGUUGCAAAGUAUGGCGAUAUGCGAAAAGCAGUUGAAGCACGUGGUCAGGCUCUGGACAGCAUUGUUGAUGCCACGAGUGGACUUGGUGAACGUCUGGAAAACUUCGUACAGACCCUACAAGGAGCAUCAGACCGUCUCCGUCAGAACACUUCAGUCUCUUCGGAUCCGACACUACUAAAGUCUCAAAUAGCGGAAAAUCUUGCACUAAGAGAAGGUCUCAAAUCGAAACAAGCUGCCUACGCUGCACUGCAAGAGAGCGCUGCUGAACUUCUUGCAUCACUGCCACCUGAAGAUUCUGCCAGACAGGAAGUCAAUGAGAAACUCAGAAGGUUGGCCGAUUUAUGGAAGAGCAUUGAGCAGGAAGCUGAGGAUCGUGGAGGUUUCCUUGAGUCGAUACUGGCGAAGGCUAAUCACUUCUGGAAUGAGCUCGAUGAGUGUCAGAGAGCGAUAGACGAUCUGCGUAUGAGGCUGGAGUCCGUCGAACCAGCAGCUGGGCAACCUGAGCAACUGCAGCGACAACAGGUCGAAAUGCAGACUGUGGCCAGCAGCAUGGCUACAACCGAGAAUCGUCUCGUCGGACUCCGUGAAGCUGGUGUCGCCCUCUCAGGAAUCGUUCCAGCUGAGGAGCAAACAGUAAUCAAUGCCCAAGUAGAUGCUGUACAUGACGGAUGGGCAACUAUCACUAAACUUUUUGCGGACAAGAACAGGGAUCUUGUCGUUGCGAUGGAAGAUGCGAUGGCCUUCCAUGCAGAUCUCUCUAAUCUUCUGAAUUGGUUGGACGUUGCUGAAAAACGACUAGCAUUGCUACCAGCAGCUGAAUCAGUGAAGGUGGACGAAAUUCCCCGUGUGUUGGAAGAGGUGCACGCGUUCAAAGACGAAAUGGACAGUCAAGCUGUACUGAAGGAACAACUCUGCUACACGGCGUCACAGAUAGCUAGUGGUGCUCCGAUCCAUCAGGCCGCUGCAAUUCGUCAACCCAUCAACAAGCUCAAUCUGCGAUGGACUCAACUCUAUUCGUCUCUGUGUGACAGAGAAAAUAAGGUAGAGCGUAUGCUUCUACAAAUGGGUCGCCUGUCAGAAGCUGUGGAACAGUUGAUUACAUGGAUGAGAAAAACUCGAGGCACCCUCAAUGAAUUGUCCGUCGCUGCACCGGCACUUCGACAACUCGAAAUCCAACGUUGUCAGCUGAUUGUCGUCUCGAAUGACAUCCAUGCUCACGAGAGCAGUGUGUCGACACUGAAUGCUGCUGCCCAGCGACUUUUGCGAGACGAUCGAAAUACGGACGUGUUGGAUAGGAUGAACGAGAUGAACAAGGAAUGGCGAGAACUGAAUGAGAUUCUGGAGGCGUUGACUAUUCAGAUGGAGCGGGCCAAAGCAGAUGCGGAGAAGGUAGGCAGGGAGACGGAGCAAUGGAUGGCAUGGUUGGAAGAUGUAGAAUCGCAGCUGGCGACCACAAAACCAACCGGUGGCCUCCCGGAAACGGCUGAAGUUCAGAUGGACGACUUCCUUGUGCUGCGUGCUGAGAUAGCCCAGAAUAAGCCGCUAAUCGAGAAGUACAUCCAUGAUGCUGAUGUAGCACUUGAUAACGCUGAUGCUAAUGCGCAAACGUGGAUGGCACGGAAUCACGCCCUCAUUAAGAAUAAGUGGUCCAAAGUGAAGGAAUUAUGUGCUGAUCGCGAAAAGAAGCUUCAACUGGCUUUGGAAGAAGCAGUUGCUCUUGACUCUUCGAUGCGUGACACAGCUGAAUGGUUGGCCGCUGCAGAACAGCGAUUGGCUGCCGUGGCCCCUAUAAGUCGUCUUGUCGAUGUUCUGGAGAAACAAUUGUUGGAAAAUGAGAAAUGGGUGGACGAGGUCGCUGUGCGGAAGCAAUUGAUGGCAGAACAACAAGCAGCUGGAACACGGCUUCAAUACUACUGCGAGAAAAAGGACGCAAUUCCGAUCAAGAAUGGGCUUGUAUCACUGAAACAUCGUUUUGAGAAGGUUGCGAGUAGAACAGCUGACAGAACCAAGCAACUGAAUGCAGCAUUGGAUGAAGCUCGAGUAUGGAUGAACGGCGUUGACGACCUAAAACUCUGGCUGGAAGACAUUGGGCUGAAGAUAUCCAAUGAACAACUUCCCACGGGCAACGUCAACGUUCUUAAACAACAACAUAAUGACAUUAAGAAAAUACAGUCCGAGUUGGCAGCUCGUCAACAAAGUUUUGACACCACCUACAAACGUGGACGUUCGCUCAUUGACCAUGCACCGCGUGCAGAAGGGAAACAAAUCAAUGAAAUGAAUGAAGGGUUCAAGAAGCUUUGGAAUACGGUACUUGAAAAAGCAAAUCAGAGACGUAUAGCUGUCGAGCAGGCCCUCCUUGACAGUAGUGCAUUCGAUGAUGCUGUACUGGAAUUGGAAUCUUGGAUUGAUGCGGAACUGGCGAAAAAUGCUGCAGCAAGUGAUCGUGUCCUCGGCGACAUCGAUACUGUGAGAGUCUUGACCGACGAGCACAAGAAGAGGGAAACAGAGCGUCUAUCAAAGCAACGAGCUCUUGAUACCAUUGUGGCUAAGGCAAAUAAACUAUCGACGAAUAAUGUGGAUGAGAGCGAUAACAUCACAAAUGCCUGCGAUCGGGUGAAACAGAAGUGGUCCCAAUUGGAGGAUGAGUCCCGAGCUCGCAUGGCUUCCCUCGAGGAUGCCUUAGCUCGAGCAACUGAUUUUGACACCAAAGUUCAUGAAAUACUUGAUUGGCUAGUGGAAAUCGAAGGAAGACUAGCGGUUUCGAGCAGCGACCUGCGACAGGCAUUGACUAGAGUUGAAGAUAUCAAAGUAGAACUGAGUAACGCUCGCGAUAAUCGGGACGCAUGUCUCGAGGCCGGCAGAGCUCUCCAGGCCAAAUGCCACCCGAGAGCCGAGCAACCGCUGAAACAUUGGCUUCGAGUUGUUGAGAACCGAUGGAAGGACGUAGAGGAACGAGCAUCGGAGCGUGAAUUCAGUCUUUUGGACCAGCAACAGCAGGAGAAGGAGCGCGAGCAGGCUCUGUUCGAGUUGCUGGAAUUUGUUGCGCAUAAACGUGAAGAACUGAAUCGAAUGCUCGCCCAGGCACUCCCACAGGAUUUAGAAUCGAUGCGUAAGGCUCAGCGUACUUACGAGGAGUUUGAUUUCGAACUACGCGAGAAACAAGCGGAUGUUGAUAAUGCUGUAAAAGUCAACAAAAAGGGCAAAAGCAAUGCUGCUGCCGUGAAGCUUUCUGACGAAUGGAAACAGUUGUGGCUGGACUCGAUCGGUCAUCAAACGGCCCUAGAGGGUCAACGCCAAUUACUCGAGGAAAUGCGUCGAUUGGAAGGAUGGCGCUGGGAGCAGUGGAAGGAGCAGUAUGUGGAAUGGAAUGAUCACCGAAAGGCUCGCGUUUCCGAUUUAUUCCGUCGUUAUGACCGCUCCCAUACGGGUAAUAUACCGCGGGACGUGUUUAUAGAUGCAGUUCUUGCUUCUAAGUUCCCCACAUCACGUUUGGAAAUGAACAAAGUAGCGGAUCUAUUCGACAAAGGAGAUGGUUUGAUAAACUCGAAAGAAUUUAUUGAUGCGCUGCGAUUUGAUCGAUCUCGUGAACUGAAACCUAUGACUGACCACGAGAAAGUUAACGAAGAGAUUACGAAGCAGAAAAAUGCUUGUAGUUGCUGCCAACAGUACAAAAUCGAAAAAGUCGCUGAUGGUCACUAUCGGUUUGGUGACACCCAAAUCAAGCGAAUGGUACGCAUAUUGCGAUCGACGGUGAUGGUUCGAGUGGGAGGUGGAUGGGAAGCUUUGGACGAGUUUCUCUCCAAACAUGAUCCAUGCAGAGCCAAAGGUCGUCUGAACAUCGAUAUGUUCUACAAAGAUGUCACCCCAAGCACAGCCAUCGACACGAUGCGCGCGUUUACGAAAGGUCGACAUAGAAGCUCGUCCCAUCACACGGUGCACGGGCCUAUAAUGAAAAUCCGUGAAAAGACAGAAAGAAGUAUACCCAUGUUCCCGCAUAGAAGAGACCAGGGUGAUAACGAUAUGGAGACCAGCAGCCGGGGAUUGCUAACAACAAGCCGAGACUCGUUGGCGACCCCGACAUCUCGUUCCCAUUCUCGUGCAUCGGAUUCGACGGCGGACGAGAAACCGACUCGAAUUCCUUCCCUUCGUAUUCAAAAGGGUGGUCGUAGUAGCACACCUAGGUCGUAA